CACGCGGAAGGUUGCGUCGAACACAGAAAGUCACCUCGUCGUGUCGGUCAGGGAGGGAAAGCUACUGACAGCUAGCCGCAGCUUCUGCCGGGGAAAGGUCGACAGUAGCAUCCUCUCCCAACCUUAAACUCUCCCGUCUUCUAUUUAAACUACAUUAAGGAACGUUUAGCUGCAGUUCACCGACCGCUGAAGGCAGGAAAACAACAAGCUAACAGUUUAUAACCAAGCUAGCCUCUGUAGUUUUGAAUAUCUCAGACCAUGGCUGCGUUAAGAGCGUCCUACCACAGGAUUCUGGACCGGAUCGAGCACAUACUGCCCGCCAAGCUGAGACCGAUCUACAACCACCCGGCAGGUCCAAAGACGGUUUUCUUCUGGGCCCCGAUGUUUAAAUGGGGCCUGGUCAUGGCUGGUUUGGCUGAUAUGACUCGACCAGCAGAAAAACUCAGUACCUCCCAGUCUGCAGUGCUGACGGCCACGGGGCUCAUCUGGUCCAGAUAUUCACUGGUUAUUAUCCCGAAGAACUGGAACCUUUUCGCUGUGAACUUCUUCCUCGGCAGCGCAGGAGCGUCCCAGCUUUACAGGAUCUGGAGUUACGAUCAGGAGCAGAAGGCCAAGGCUAAAGAGGCAGCCGAGUCCUGAGGAGACUGUCGCCGCGGUGCUGCUGACACAAAGGGAGACUCUUCCAUCACCAUCCUGUACUGUUUCCAUAAAACCCAUGCCAUAACCAGAUUUUAACACAUUAAACCUGCUCACCCUGAAGGAAAUAUGCACUUCCCCCCCUUCCAAGUUUCACAUUUCCUCAGGGUGUCUAAAAUAAGAACAUUUGAUUUUGUUUUUUAAAAUGAGUUUAAGAACCGUGGUCAUCAACGCACAAGUACUGCUUGUUCAUAGAGUUUUCUGAUUGUACAUUGUCUGAUUUAACCCGCCAUGCUUUUAUCAUCCUGUGCACGAGUCGGGGAGUUUUUGCUUCGGAUGUAGCAAACAUCAGUACCUCGAGCAAAGUUCCCAACCCGCCCGCCUAACAAGGUGGAUGUGUGCUGAAUGUUACCCUGAAUUUAAGGACUUCAUCAUAUUUACAUAGAUUUUAAAUCUUAUUGGGAGUCCAGGUGUCUGUACCUCAGCAGUCAUUAAAUCAUUGACUACCACCUAAGGGUUCCUCACUUUUACGUCUUUUUUCUUUUUUUAAAACCAGUCGGGAGAACAAACCCUGUUUUAUAUAUUUCUUUAUUUUGACAGAAAUGUGUUAAAUGAUUUAACAUGUGCAUGCAGCUUUGCGAGUCAACGAGCAAACACUGGUACAGACUGUGACGGCUCUUUUUAAACGUCCAAAAAUCUAUGAUCUCAAAUGUUUUAUUUUUCAACAACUGACUCAAACUAUUUAUGCAGCAACACCCUAAUUUUGCAAUAAUUGGUGUAAUUAAUCUGCCCACUGUUCAAAGAUAUUUAAAAGUUGAUUAUUGUAAUGAGAUUUGUAUCGGUAAUGGCUAUGUAUCAAUAAUAAAUCAGACUAACACAGCC